GUACAACACUGUACAAUUGCGACGGUAUGUAGCGCGCCAUUUAAUACCAUUGAAUCCCGUUAUCUGGCGGCACGCGGAAUAUACCUACCAUUAUUUAACGUACCGCUUCUCUCCAACCCACCCCCGAUGCCGAUGAGUUAGCAACCCUGCUCCGCGGGGAUACGGCGUGGCGUGAAAAAUCAAUAACGCGCACGUCAGUGUACACCGUACGCCCGUGCGCUCCGCCGCUCUCGCACACCUUGGGGCCCCCGGAAAAUUGGGGAAAAUUACGCCGAACGGAACGGGGAAUCCCUCGCCCGUGCCAUUACACGCCACCCUGCCCAUGAAAUUCCUCGUCGCGCCCGAGCGUUAUGCGAGCGGCAAGAAUUCAUCAAGACGACAGAUAGAGAGAGCGUGCAUCACCACGCAAUAAAGUGGAAGGGUUCAAAAAGAGGCACUCCUGAAGAUGAUGGACGGGCCCGGAUUAGGGUACUCGUAUCAUCUCCCAUCCGCCGGUUGGAAUCUCAAGGUCAGGAAUGCAUUGUCACAGUUCAGUGAUCUCUUUAGCGAAUUUAACAAGUACAUCGCUCCAGCUUAUCAUCAUGACCGUUGCGAAAGAUCUGUGCAGAUGCGCUUAUACUCGAUGCACAAGAGGGAAUUUGUCAUGGUGUUUGUUGCUUUUUUCGCAUGUUUCGGAUUAGCAGUUUUUAUUGGCCUGGCCGGACCGCCUAUAACGUCAACCAGCGAGCAGAAAGCGCAUUUAAACGGAAGUGAGAUGGCUACUGGGCCAUUCAUCAUGAAGACACCUCUGUUGUCUACGUACAGCCAACAAUUAUGGGUGAUUGCCAAGCUAUCAACUUCGAAUAACGACGAUGAGAGAUAUGACAAAGGAUUUCAAGUCAGUGUUUCCAUAGACGGUAUCACUGCUGAUCGCAAGCUCAUGUCUGUACUACCACUAGAAGCUGGACAUAAUCGAACCAGGCACUUAAAGUGCGAAAGGCAAUCCUGCGAGGAACUGGUCGUCGCCCACCUUGGAUUCCUUGAUUAUAGCUAUUAUAUAAUCACUGUCCGCUUCCAUGGACUUGAGAGCUUCCAUCAGCGAUACAUUAUACGAGAACUCACAUUCUACUUUAAAAACUACAAUCCGGCGUUCACGCAGAUCGAAAUCUGGUUUCGACUAAUCUUCUUAUUAACCACAUUCGGAGUUAUGUGCUGGUUCGGUCAUUCGCUUAGAAAGUAUCCGCUGCACGAUUGGUCGAUAGAGCAAAAGUGGAUCUCUAUACUACUUCCAUUACUGAUUUUGUACAAUAAUCCGCUGUUCCCUAUGACCUUUUUAAUAAACUCCUGGGUACCUGGUAUGCUGGAUGCAAUUCUACAAACGACUUUUCUAUGUGCAAUCCUCAUGUUCUGGCUCUGUGUCUAUCAUGGACUUAGACAGAACGAGAGACGGCUUAUUACGUUUUAUCUACCCAAGCUCCUAGUGGUGGGUAUGUUAUGGGGUGCGGCAUUAACUCUUGCCACAUGGCUCCGUUGCACCGAACUGGAGGACCCCACUUAUAAUUAUGUUCUUGAUACAUCAAAUUACUACGGUUUCAAGGUAUUCUUCUUCACGGUGGGUGGUUUCUACAUCGCGUAUCUGUUGCUUCUUAUAUUAAGAGCGUACAGCGAACUACGAUCUAUGCCAUACUUUGAUUUACGCCUGCGAUUUUUAACGCUGCUUGCCGCGGUGGUCGCCGGCGUUUGCAGUUUGGUUACCGCACGUCAGUUUGGAGCCGGUGUAUUGGAGGACAGCUUUGCUUCUCGCCUUUCCACUUAUUACCGUACUUCCGCGCAGUUCAUGGCUCUUUAUGGUCUUCUUAAUUUUUAUUUAUACACCAUGGCAUAUGUUUAUGCACCUGCACUUCAACAGGUCUAUGGACAACACUCAUCGAUAACGAAAGAUAGCCCUGCGUUCUCGAUGUUCAAUGAUUCGGAGGAGGAAGUAAUAUAUGGGUCGGAUGAGGACAGCCGGCGACCACUAACUCGCGCUCCACGAAAUACAGAGGAUAGUGAUUGAGGGCCUUAAGAAAAUAAAUUUCAUAUUCUAUGCUAAUCAAAACAUAGAUCGUUAAAUUUAUAAAAUGAAUAAGAAAACUUUUGAUUCAUGUUUCUACUGUGAUUUGCAGUUAUACUGCCAUCACGUUAAAAAUUGAAAAAGCAAACUAAAAAGUUGUAUAAGUAGUUCGUUUGAAGAAUCAAAUGUUAUAAAUUAUAAACAAAGACUUUGUGUAAUGUUUAUGCAAUUUCAAGGAAGAUGCAUACUGUAUAUAAGUUACGAAUUUGUGCUAAUAAUGUAAAUUUAUGUAUCGCAUUGUGUAUAGAAGUAAAGUAAGAACUGAUUGAAAGAGGAAGAUGUGAACAGAAAUAUGAUAGAAAGAAAUAGAAAAAAUAGAAAAAAAAC